AUGUAUGCCUUUCAGUGCCACUUAAAAGUAGCUAGUCGACUAGUAGGCCAAGUACCUCAGCCCAAUCAGGACAAGAGCUACAAAAUUAUCGUCUGUGCCUUGCAUCCGAGUGAUUUUAAGGAGCCAGAUCACUGCCAGAUCACUCAUGAAUGUGUAAGAUGUGCAAAUCUUGGAUAUAAUUGCUGUGGACUAUUGGCAGGAGGACCAGUAUCUGGCCAAUUGGGACCAGGAGAAGAGGUAGCAGGGAUUACAAAAUCAGAAUUAUUAUUGGCAUUUUCAGUGUGGGGGAUAAAAGGUAUAAAAGAACUUACGGGCCUGUCAGACUCGUCUGGAACGCUAGACGAGUCUACAGGCGCGUCUGAAGACCCAGACGAGUCUACAGACUCGUCUGAAGACCCAGACGGGUCUACAGACCUGUCUGGGUUUGUCCUGCUCAUCCCCGAGCAGACACAGACUCAUCUAGACUCAUCUGGGUAUACAGAUGAGUCUGGCUCCCAUCCGACUCAUAUGUAUAUCACUCACAAAGACAAAUUGAGGAACAACAGGAAACCAUUGAAGGAGAUAAAAGAACAAUACAAGUAG